GCCGCCGACGCAGCAUGCCAUCGCACGGCCUGACGGUCCAAGAGGUCGUGCAUGACCCGCACAUGCACUCGGUCUUCCUCAAGUACCUCUCGGUGCAUGACACGGUCAACUUCUCGCGGCUCCUCUUCCUCGUCAGCGUCGACGAGUUCAAGAAGCUCUUUAGCGCCGCGCCGACCGCGAGUCCGACCAGUCCGUCGAGCCUCCGCGGCAGCUACGCCAAGAAGAUCAUCGCCAAGUACAUGAGCGACGACUCGUUCUUCCACAUUGGCGACGACAGAUUUCGCGUCCAGGACCAGCCGAUUGCCACCUAUGGCACGUUUCUCAAGAACGACCUGAGCAUGUGCUCGGGCUUGAGCUCCGACGCCGACCUCUUUCUGGAUGUUCAGAAGGCCGUGGUUGCCGCCUUGGAGCCGAGCCUCGAGGCCUUUCGGCUCACGGCCGAGGGCCGCGCGCUCUUGCAAGUCAAGGUCUCGAUGAUCGACACGACGGUCGCAACGAGCCUCCACGACGUCGAGGUCGACCACACCAAGGCCAACUUUACGCUCGAGCGCGUGCUCUCCAACCGCCGUCUCUGUUGCGUCUUUUGGGUCUUCCUCUUCAAGGAGCGCAGCCACGGUCCGCUGAGUUUCUGGAUGGAGGCGACGAUGCGGCUUCUACCGCUCAUGGACGAGUACCUUCAGGGCGGUGGUGCCAACGACAACGACGACGAUGCGUCCCGCCGCAGUAUCGAUGGCAGUAGCAGCAGCCGCCUCGACAUUGACCACUCGCGGGCCAUCGUGCACCUGGGAAGGGUGCUGUGGAAGAAGUACAUGGCACCGCAUGCCACCGCCGAAGUCCACGUGCUCUGCGAAGGCGAGCGGUCGCUCUUUGACGUGCUUGAGCACCACAUUGGUUCGUGGUCGCUCGAUACGCUCUUGAGUGCGACCCAAGUGCAGCAAGCAGGCCUCACGCUGCGCUCGAUCCUGUGCUAUGUCAAGGAUGACCUCCAGAUGAACCACUUUGUGCGGUUUCUCCAGUCCAAGUCGUUCCAGUCGAUGCUGCAGUCGUUCCAGCACCGCCUGUUGAGUCCGUCCAACAACUCCCUCGCGGUGGCUACGCUCAAAGAGUCGCGCAGCAGCCACGGAAGCAGCUCCGGGUCGUCGUCCGACUCGAGCACGACGAGCUUACCAGAGCUCUUCCACUGUAUGAACGUCAUCUCGCACCAGCCGCAGCGACCGCGCUUAACGUCGUUUGCGCUGCACAAGGUCGGCGGCGCGCCGCACUGCAUCUCGGGCGUCCUCUCCUUUGCGAGCAACCUCGCGACGCGCGGCCGGUUCAACCAAACGGUCCUCUACGCGCUCGCCAACGUCUACCCGCAAGACGAGUCGGUGGCACACCACCACACACUGCCCGACCACUUGGAGAGCUUUCUGUGCCCGUCGGCGGCCACAAUUCGGUCAACGUCACCGCCGCCGCCGUCGCUGGUGCACGUUGUCGUGGGCAGCACCGAGCGGCCGUUCUACAUGGUGUGCCUCACGCGCUACGUGCCCGUGACGGCGUCCGAGUACUUGAGCCCGCUCGAGGCCGUGCUUCUUGAACAAAAGAGUCUUCGCGUCUACGUCGCCGCGGGGAUCUGCGUUCUGAGUCGGUACCCGCUCUUUGAGACGCUGCGGCGCCGCCUCACAACAUUGCACGACGAUGUGCUCACGGACCCGAGCUACAACGACCUUGACUUUGCGUGGAGCAGCCGCCAUGUCGCCGCACUGACCGCUCCGGUGCCGUCGACGCCGGCGCCGUUCCCGGUGAGCCACGCGGUCGACUUUUCGAUGCAGCCGCUCUUUUUGUGCCUGCACAUCGAUGCGAUCUUACGACUGUUUGCGAGCCUCUUGCUCGAGCGCAAGAUCGUGCUCGUCUCGUCGCACGUCUCGGUGCUCACGACGGUCGCGGAGGCCUGUAAAUCGCUCCUCGCGCCGCUGCAAUGGCCCCAUGUGUACGCACCGCUCUUGCCGCCCGGUAUGCUCGAGUGCCUUCACUGCCCGACGCCGUACCUCUUUGGCGUCCACGCCUCGCAGCUCGACUCGGUGCAUGCGCUCUUGAAAACCUCGGACGACGAAGACGACGUUGUGCUCGUGCACUUGGAUACGCACGAGGUGGCCAACGCGCCCAUGGAGCUGCCUCCCGCCGUGCGGCACGGCCUCGCGGCCAAACUCGCCGAGCUCUGGAUGCCGAGUGUGGCGUUUGCCGACACACUGGCGCCGCCGACGCCGCGACCGUUUCCGCAGGACGCGGUCCGAGCACUCUUCCGCGAGACGUGGACCGACAUGAUGGCCGACAUGGAAGAGUUUAGCUUCCCGCUCUCGGACGAGGUCGACAGCAUGGUCGUCUUUGACAACGUCGGGUUUCUCAAGCACCGGGACGGGACGGACGCGGCGUUCUACCAAGUGUUUGUGAAAACGCAGCUCUUUUCGCAGUUUGUUGCGACCAAUGGCGUGCAAUAAGACGUAUUUCCAUCCACUUCACGACCAACACUAUCGUCAUCGUCUCUGUCUAGCGUAGUAAGUGCUGUAUCCCUUUUAAUAUAAACUACGUGCGUACGAACCAGCGGGACCAAUCGCGUGGUUGAGCUCCGU